CCCUCCCCUGGGGACCUGGCAGUGCCCCUGAGGACCUGCGACCUAUCCCAGUGCGACGUGGCCUUGGGCGGGCGCCAUGGACGCCUUCAUCCGCUUCACCAACCAGACUCAGGGCCGGGACCGACUCUUCAGAUAACCGCAUGUGAAAAAGUAUUGUGAACUGUAAGAUACAGUACAGUGUGGAGAGCUUCAGAAAGAACUGACUGCACCUCUAAGAGCCACUCAGUACUCAUGCAUGUUGCUUAGAUAUUUGUUAGAGCCUAAAGCUGACAAAGAGAAGGUGGUAAUGAAGCUCAAGAAACUGGAGUCCAGUGUGAGCACUGGCCGUAAAUGGUUCAGACUAGGCAACGUGGUGCAUGCUAUACAGGCGACUCAGCAGAGCAUUCAUGCCACUGACCCGGUGCCCCGCUUGUGCCUAACGUUAGCCAGCCUGAACCGUGUGAUUUAUUUCAUCUGUGACACCAUCCUCUUCGUGAGGAGCAUAGGGCUCGCCUCUGGCAUUAACAAAGAGAAAUGGCGAACAUGGGCUGCCCGCCAUUACUACUAUUCUGUCCUGCUGAGCCUUGUCAGGGAUCUGUAUGAAAUCUCCCUGCAGAUGGAGCAGGUUGCACAUGACAGGGCAAAGAGGGAGAAGUCACCAUCCCGGGAGCCUCUUGGGUAUAGCGUGGCUGAUGAGGAGACAGAAUGGCUCCAGUCCUUUCUCCUUCUCUUAUUCCGAUCUCUGAAGAAGCAUCCUCCCUUGCUCCUGGACACAGUGAAGAACAUCUGUGAUAUCCUGAACCCUUUGGACCAGCUGGGGAUCUGUAAGUCUAAUCCUGGCAUCAUAGGCCUUGGAGGCCUCGUGUCCUCUAUAGCAGGCAUCAUCACUGUGGCAUAUCCUCAGAUGAAGCUGAAGACCCACUGACGUGGUUUCAGGCUAAAGACGAGUUCUUGCUUUUAAGGACAACCUGUUAGUGGAAUGGACAUUUGCAUUAGGCACAACUAUGCCAUACUGUACUUAAGGAGUUAUCCACGUGAGUGUUUAGUGACCUGUGAUGUGAACAGAGGUGGGAUCAAGAAUGGUGGAGGGGGGAGCAUGAAGAUUUGUUUUUCUCAAGUGCUGGAGUCACUUCUGAAUUUCUGAGUAUUUUUCCUUCAUCUAACAUUUAUUGAGCAUUUCUUAUGUGCAUAGAGGAACUUAGUAUUUGCUCAAUGAAUAAAAAUGGAAAGAGAAAAAUUGAAAAAGAUCCAAACUAACAAGUGAACACUAGUAUGCAGUGACUUUUGGGCCAUGUGCCUGACUAGUUUUGCACAACUACAGUAGGUCUGAUGCACAGCCCUCUCUCAGAUUUAGUAGAGGCCCCUUAUUCUCUGACCAGUUUCCCACCCCCCAACCCCCACUUCCUCUACAGAAGCCAAUGCCAGGAUGAAGGCGAGCCGGACUUAAUUGUUGGCUUUUACAUCACUGUCCUUCCUCUGUCCAGAAGUAAAAUUAGAAACACAUCUGACACCUUCAUGAUAUAAAUUAUGUCUUUAGAUUAUGCAGUGAGGAAACAAAAAGUCAAAAGCAGACAGAAAGGACCUGAGGUAAAAAUAACUUGGAAAUUCAUAAUUGGUGCCUGUGAGUUAGCCUGUGACAGGUGAGGAGACUGAGCUUAAAACUGAGGACCGAACCUCAUUUCUCUGACUCCCAUCCAGUGCUCUUUCCAUGAUAUUUCACUGCCUUCCUGAUUGAGUGGAAGUGUGAGACUCUCCAGGAUCCUGUGCAAAAAGCUGUUUAGAACCUGUGUUGGUCAGUGGUUUAUAUUUUAUAAAAGUUAAAACUAUCUAGACUUAUCAGCUGGAUCGUUUUAUUUAAAGCCAUAUAACAGUUUGGGCACUUCCCAAGAAACUUCAUGAAUACUAUGCAUGUAGGAGGGUCUUAGUGUUCUAUGGUAAAUCAGACUUGGUAUUUGUAGAGUGGUUGGGGGAGGUGGGAAAGAGCAGGAAGGGGCUAGUGAAAAGGACACUAGAAUACUGAGUCCAUGCCGCUUGCUCAUGUUCCUGCUUCCUAUCUGGCGUAUUGGGUCUUAUUUGUGAUUAUAGAUCCUCUUAACAUGAAGCAAGUGAGGCAGAGAAAUGGGAUGCCAUCAGGUAAGAGGUCAGUGUCAGUCCUGCUCAUUAAGCCAUCUCAUUUAUCUGAAUGGAAGUGAGAAAAGAAGUGUGCACUAAAUAAAUUUCCCAUAAAUGUGAUGGAGAUUCUUAAAAAGCAGACUCUGGUCCUUGGCUGUCUAUUUUUAAAGUGACCAAUCAAGAUAAGGGAUUUGAGAAAGAACAUUUUGGGAAUUUUAAGAAAAAUGAAAGCUGCUAAAUCAGGGCAAAUAAAAAUGUAACUUUUUUACUUUGUCCAGAUCUUCUACUGUAAUAAAUUAAUUAUGUCUAAUAAAUUUGUAGACAAAA